CAACAUCAAGGUGCAAGUUCCGAAUGUCAUGAUACUACCGUGGCUGUUGUUGCCUCGACGAAGUUACCAUCUCCUCCGUCUGAUCUCCGCGCAAGACUCACGACAUUAGUGACGCUUCUCAACUUGUUCAUUAUCGUUAUGGACGGACUUCGAAACCUCCGUGCCGUUGCUGAAGAUGGGAUGUCCGGCCGACGUUGGUUUGAAUUCAGAUCUAGGUUUAGACCCCUUGCCGACUAUAGUCGCCACCGCACACCAAAGGGUGAAAUCAUCCAGGUGCCUAUCGUUCCCUGCGCCGUUGCACAAAUAUGGCCGAAUCCCCGUGGACCAGCCGCUGAAUACCGUUUCUCCCCAGAAAUACAAGCAUUAUUGCUAGCAGAAUUCGUCAAACGCGGCUAUUCCUUAAAAGGACUUGUACCCAACGGCUCUGAACCAUCACAGUAUACACAUACGGGCGCCAAAAUCGCAUUCGUUCAUGUGAAGGAAAAGCUCAUGAGUGACGUGGGUUCCCAGGUCGUUGAGAUUCGAUACGAGAGCUUCAAGACCUUGUGGAUGGCUCUUGAUCCUCACCCUCGACUGGGGAAGAUGGUGUCUUACGGGAUGCUCCGAGGCUUUGAUUUUUUGGGCCUGACUGCCGAUAACGAAGGUGUCUCCGGUUACCUGGCCACCCGUUCCAUCAAGUUUAUGUGGUCUAUUCGCCAGCACGACCAGUCGCCAGAAUUUGAUACGAGAUGUAUCCUUCUUUCAGAUCUAUCCGCCUUCAUUUAUGAGCUGGAUUCCCCAUCAAAACGUGUGCUGCGGGGAAAGUCGUUUCUUGAGGAGAAGGUUCACCUGCCCGACUACAUCUCCAGCCACUCACCGGUGACCGAUGCUGUGAAUCACUUGAAAGCUUUCAAGGAAGACUCGCACUCACCGCUCUACCUUCCAUUUGCCAUUUCGGUAUAUGCUCUGGAAGAGUGCCGGGAGCGCAUUGGCCUUGUCAACGGGCGGGUCAUGACAUGGUUGUCCAGAGACGAAUCGGGAGACCACGCUCAGGGAACUUCUAAACAGAAGUUGGAAAGACACGAGGUCAAUCGUAGGUUCAUGGUUGAGUUUACUCAACAGGAUAUUCCAAUGGAGUUGGAAACUGCGAAGAUGGCGCUUAACACCAUCGAGUCCCUGUGGCGCAAUUUGGUGAUCAUGGCAAAGGAGCUCCCCGACACGGCGAAAUCCGAGAAUGUCUGCCGCAGUAACGAAAGCAUAUUGACUGCGCUAUAUCAACUCCAACAGGAGCUAGAAGGAAUGAGAGAGCUACUUACAUUCAUUGAGAUGCGGAUAAACAGUUACUUAUCGAUGAGGGCUCAUUAUUUGAAUCAAAUGGACGCUAUACGCAAUAUCGAAACGGCCAAGACCACUCAUGAACUUGCUCAAGCGGCUCGUCAAGACAGCGCAGCCAUGAAAACCAUUGCGAUUCUCACCAUGGCCUUCCUACCGGCUACGUUCCUAUCCACCCUUUUAUCAAUGCCUUCCCUCAAUUAGAAUCAGCGCAAGCAUUUCGUGGUAUACUGGAUACUCGCCAUCCCACUCACCGUUGCGACCUUCAUUCUCUGGGCGAUAGUUAUUCAUCGUCAACUGGUGCGAAGAUGGUUGCUGACUAUCUACGCAAUACUGCGAAGGUUGGGUAUGGGUAUCUACGCGCCUCUGCGAAGGAUGUGGAUGGGUAUCUGCACACCUCUGCAUAACAAGAAUGAGGACAGGCUGGACAAAAUUGAUAUGCAACGAGCAUUUGACCAUAUCUACAGAAAUAAGCGA